AAUUACGAGCGGUCCUCAAACGCUUCAGAGCAGCAGUUGACUUGAAGGGAUGCGACUGCGACGCUGGUGUUGUUUUUCUCUUCUUCUGCAUAUAUUCACAAGAGCCGAGACGACAGCAGCACACGCGCCUUUGCUUUUCUCGGUAAAGCUCUGUGGACGCAAUGACUAAUUAAUGACAUUUUUUUCCUCCCACAUUGAGGAAACGGAAAACACCUUUUGGCCACAGUGGACGGCGCGUGAGGAUUCUCUUGACGGUUCGUGUUUGGAAAGGCACGCCAGUGCAUUGUCGUUACUGCUUACAGUUUACACUUGAAACAACGGUUACACUUUUCCCCCUUUUUGGGAGCGUUUUAUUGCUGCGCAAGGAUUUUGUGUUCAUCUGAAAAACAAGCGUGGAGGCAAAUAUCAAAAGGAAUUCAACUCAGAUCCAAAUCAGUAAAAGAGAUGACCCUCGUCUUGUCCAUGAAUCCUUUCUUUGAGCCAGAGGGAGAAACUCCCCGCCCAACUUAUCAACCGAUCUGGAAAACGGAGCGCUGGAGUAAGACCUGCCAGUCAAACACCGCCUCGCCAGGCCACACGGAACACAGAUUGAAACCGGAACCACCCUUUCGACGACUUCCUGACCAUGUGUCAAUGUCAAGAAUUGCAUACUUCAAGAGGAAGUUUGUUGAUGAUGAUGAAGCUUCAUUCAGUUUUAGGACGUACUGCCAAACUGUGGCCCCGGUUUUGGAGGAACGGGCCCACGUUCUGCGUCUCUCGCUGGAGAAAAUGCGCUUCAUUGAUGACCCUGAGGUUUUCCUGCGACGCUCCGUUCUUGUUAACAACCUCCUCCGCCGUUUACGAACUGACAUUCUGCUCCAGAGCACUGAAUGGUGCUUCUCUCCCAACCCAGUUUUUACCAGUUUCUUACCCCAAACCUUGAACUCCACACAACAGGGACUCAACAGAUCCGUACCCACACAGAUGUGCUUAGCACCCCAAGUCGGACCACCCUUUCGUAAGCGGUUCCGAAUUGUCCGUGCAGGACAAGGGGACCUCAGCGAUGACUGCGCCCAGACAUGUUGCUGCAUCUAUGCUGCAGCGGCAGCUGCAGGACACUACCUUCAUCUCCCUUUCUCCAUGUACAAUACAGAAUUGCCCACGCCACACUCAUCCUCUUUUCAAAUAUCUAGCCAUCCUAAGUUAGGACUGACUGUCAUAGAAGGGACUGAUGAUGAGGAUGAAGAAGAAGAAGAGGAAGAGGAUGAAAAUGAGGAAGAGGAAGAGGAGGAGGAAGAGGUUGGCGAAAGGAGACAUGCGGGACAUUCUACCGACUGGCUUGGAGUGACGUCAAGGCAGACAAGUCGGACAAGAACCAUGCAAUGCCCCGCUCACAGCGGCACACAAGCAGAUAACUGCCUGUCAGAUCGUGUGGAAGAGCAGCAGGAGAUUGAGCUAGAAGAGGAGGCCCGCGGCAUCCCACCUCGUGAGUGGGAUUCUGAUCCUGAAGAACUCCUCAAGCGUCACUGUCGGCAGCGUCUGGGUCACAGACGAUGACAAUUGGGUCCCAUACAAGUCUUGGAGACUAUAAACGUAGACAUGACAACUUCUUUUGUAGUACUUUAUUGGUAAUGCCAAGCUAACUGAUAUUUCAUGAUGAAAGAAAGAGGAGACUGACCAUACAUUUGGUAGCGUGACGUUUGUUUAAAUUUUAAGUCAACUAAAAUUAGGGGUGUUCACACGCCACAUAUAUGCUCCGGUGCUGCACCGAUGAAUUUGUUGGGAUAUAUUUUACACCGCUCCGGUUUCCUCCCACAUUCCAAAAACAUGCGUGGCAGGCUGAUUGAACACUCUAAAUUGUCCCUAGGUGUGAGUGUGAGUGUGAAUGGUUGUUCGUUUCUGUGUGCCCUGCGAUUGGCUGGCAACCGAUUCAGGGUGUCCCCCGCCUACUGCCCGAAGACAGCUGGGAUAGGCUCCAGCACCCCCCGCGACCCUAAUGAGGAUCAAGCGGCUUGGAAGAUGAAUGAAUGAAUGAAUGAAUAUUUUACACCGGAGCAAAUUUUGUGGAGCGGUCGCAUAUACAAAGCCGCGGAGCGUGUUAACUCCGUAGCACCGGUGCAGCCCCACACGGCGGUCACACGGUAGUGUCUUUCAGCGGAGCAAAACAAUACAAAACAAAGAGCUGUCGUGUUGGUUCUUUUUAAAACAUACACAACUCCAACAACGACUGUACAGGCACGUCCUUCUCCUUCUCUGUCUCUGUGCCUUCUGCUCGAGAGGCGUUCAAUGACCGCCCCCGAAAACGUAAAUCAACGAUGACUUCAAUGACACUCAGACAUAUUAUGCGCCAAACAGAAAAUCAAGAGAGGAAAUCACAAAAUAAAUUCUAUGGGGGGUUGGGGGGUGAACACACAACAAAGGAACAAACUACACAAACAACUCAGAGACAGUCCAGUCUCCUACAAAAGGAAAGAUGAUGUUUGGGGACUAUCUGGGGCGGGGCUCCGUUCUAGUUGAGAUGGUAUAACCCAAGAGGCAAGCUGCCGCUUGCUACUGUUAUUGCCAGCCAUCAUGUCUUGUGUCAUUAUUAAACAAACACAUGACGGAAGUACAACUGAGCACGAAAGCAACGAAUUGUCGCCGUAUGUAAUCAACUCUUCUCAUGCGUAGUGAGGCUACUCACCGCCGCAAAUGAGCAUUUGCUCCGGAGCAAAUUGUAGCGUUCCCACGUACCAUUUUACAUCGGAGCUGCCGCGCUAACGAGCAUUUGCUCCGGAGCACAUUUUUAAACCACCUCCCUGAGGUGGAUUAAAUUUGCUCGGGAGUAAGCUGUUUUCAGGGGAUACACAGGUGUAACUUUGCACAUGUGACCGCUCUACUGGGGUAGCACCGGUGCAGCACCGGAGCAAAUGUUGCCGUGUGAUCACCCCUGUUGAGUAUUGCAUUGUCUCCAAGACUCUUUUUGUUCUCCAUAACAUAGUACAAAGGUAUCAAAUGAAGCCGUGCAAUCGUCUUACUUCAGGACCCUAAACAAGAGUAUCUGGUUAUGAUUGUGUUCAGAAUACUAUGUAGCAUUCCAAAACUU